AUGUCACUCUAUAUCGUGCGCCUGCGUUCGGCCCUUCCCCUCGCCGCGUAUCGCGGCGGAAUAGCGAGCUUCUCGGGAUGGACGGACGACGACGAUGACUCGGAUGAUCCUACCGGUCCGUCAGGUCUGCGGGCGACAGCGGCGACGGUGGCGCACGAAGCCGCGACGCUGGGCGGCAGCAUUCCGCGGCGCGCGCGGCUGAGCAUGGAGAACCCGCAGCUAAGAGCAUACGCGCAUAUGCUCGAGACGCAGCAGACCCAAGUCGCGUCUGACGUGGGCGUGAUCUACAUGCACGCGAGCAACGGGUUCGCAGCGGCCCUCUCCCCGCAGCAGGUGUGGGGGCUGCAGCGGCACCCGGCGGUGGCGGCAGUGACGCGCAGCCGCAGAGUGACCCCUCUCACCACCGACUCCCCCACCUUCCUGGGCAUGCGCGCCCCCGGGUCGCUGUGGCCCGCCAAUGGCGGGCAGGCGAGCGCGGGCCAGGGCAUGGUGAUAGGCGUGGUGGACACGGGCAUCUGGCCGGAACACCCCUCCUUCAGCGAUAAGGGAUUCUCCUCCUCGAAACCCGCCGGCUGGUCAGGAAAAUGCGACACCACGAGCGAGUUCAAGUGCAAUAAUAAGCUCAUAGGUGGCCGCGUGUUCUACAAGGGAUUUAAGAAGGACAUCGGCGACCCGGACCUGUCUUCAGACUGGUUGUCUCCCCGGGAUGCGGAUGGCCACGGCACAUGGUGUGCAAGCGCGGCAGCGGGCAACAAGGACGUGCCCAUGGCGGGCGGCAAGGCGAGCGGCAUGGCGCCGGCAGCGCGCCUGGCAAUGUACAAGGUUCUCUGGUACUCUGAAGGCUCUCUCACCGGGACAUGGGCCGACAUCGAUGCAGCAGUCAACCAGGCUGUAGCGGACGGUGUGGAUGUGCUCUCGAUCUCGCUGGGCGGCAUGGAUAACAAGGAGACCUACUUCGACCACAUGCCGUAUCUCAGUGCUAACCUGGCCGGGGUGGUUGUGUCAUAUGCAGCGGGAAAUGCCGGCUCGCCAGGCUACUGGGAUCCCGGCUACUUUCGCACAAUCGACAACUUCUCGCCCUUCUAUCUCACCGUGGGGGCUAGCACCAUAGGCCGUGGCGGUCUAACCCUCAAGGCCGCCACAGCAGCAGCGGCAGACAUCAGCAACUCAUCCUCCUCCUCCUCAGCCGUCCCAGCAGCCACCGCCCACCCUACAAUCGCCGAUUUCUCCUCCACGGGACCCCUAUGCGACCCUAACACUGAAGCCACCGGCGCUCUCCCCACCAACAGCAUCUUAAAGCCCGACAUUGUCGGCCCGGGCGUGGAUCUCUACGCUGCUGCCCCGGGCUCAAAAAUCGGCAAGCCGGGCAGCUUCGCACAGCUGUCGGGGACGUCGAUGGCGACGCCUCACUUGGCGGGCAUUGCUGCUCUCAUCAUGCAGAAACACCCCUCAUGGAGCCCCGCGCAGGUCAUGUCUGCCAUCAUGACCACCGCCAAGACCACUGACACCAGCGGUGCCGCUAUCAAGAAUUCUAACGGCGAGGCUGCUACUGCGUGGGAUAUGGGAGCUGGUCACGUGUUCCCACGCAAGGUGCUGGAUCCUGGGCUUACGUUCGACGCUCGGGCAACUGCGUAUAGGAAUUUCCUUGCCGGGCAGAGUAUGAAGCGGGCACAGAGGCACUUUCCGAACGCCAAGCUCACUGCGGUUGCUCCGCGCGAGUUGAACCGUCCAAGCAUCUCAAUUUCCCGACUGAAAGGGAUGGUGACAGCAAGCAGGACGGUUACGAACGCUGCUGAUUCGCCGUCCACAUAUACGGCUAACAUCAAGGCUCCUAACGGCGUCUCCGUCACGGUAACACCCGACAAAUUUACCAUUGCUCCGGGUAAGAAGGUCACUUUCACAGUGACCUUCAAGGUGACUAAGACGUCUAACAACACUCAGUUUGGAAGCCUGACCUGGGCCGAUGAGAAAGGGCACUCAGUGAGAAUGGUGCUCGCAGUUCAGCCGAUUAAGAAGUGA